GCCUGUCGGGGGCGGGGGGCGGGUGUCGCGGGGCACGGCGCCCCGAGAAGGACGCUAGCCUGAGCCGCCGGCGCUCACUCUGCGGAGCAGCCGUUUCUCGAGUCCUCUGCGCUCCGGGAGCGAGCGGCCGCCUCUCGCCCUCUCACGUCCUAAAAGAGUUCGACAUGAUGGGGAACAUCAGUACAAGCAAUCUCCUGUUCGGUCUCCUGGUCUUGGCGAUGUUCUGGAGCCAAGGUGAUGCUCUGAAAUGCUACCAGUGUGAGAUUCCUACAACACAAUCCUGUACCGAGAACAUUACUUGUAAACCUGACGAAGACGCGUGCCUUUGGUUUAUGUCGUAUGGAAAAUAUUUCCAAAGAUGUUGGAAAUUUAAUGAAUGCAACAUAAAUGAUAUUGGAAAAGCCGCUUCUGAAAUUACCAACUAUCACUGCUGCCAACAUGACCUUUGCAAUACUGCAGGGAUGGGGAUCACAGUCAGCAAAGCAUCCAUAAUUUCUGGGCUACUGGUGGUGCUGGUUGUGAACUUCCUAUUUUAAUUGAAUGGAAAGACCAAAAGUCCUGAGGAACAGGAUGUGUGUGGGAGGAGUGGGGGGUAACAGUGUUGGAAUGGGGGGGAGUGACUUUCCAUUUCCAUCCCAUGAGAUCUCAAGUAUUCUGUCUUUUUACUAAGUGCAUUUUGUAUAGGAGAAAGAGAUUUAGUUACAGCCUUUCAUUUGAGAAGCAGAUAUCCAAAAAUUGUCCUUGGAGGAGUGUAUGAAAUCUCUGUGGGUACCAUUCUCAUCCUUAGACAAGCCUCCUGUCUCAGAAGGCAUUUUAAAUUCUGAAGUGUUGGAAAGAACGCUAUAGCUGCUGAUAACUUGUUAUUUCUGGAGGCUUCCUCAGGCUGUCUGGGCUCCCCUAACCCUCCACCCUAAAGUUGUGUUCAUAUGUUGGGUGAUAGGAUAACCAUGAGAAUUCCCAUGUGGCAUUUCUUCCCACUUCCCCAGAUAUCUACAUCGAUGAUCUUGACUGAGUUGCUGUGCCUUCUCAUUCUUUGGCUUUCAAAUUAAGACUAAAUUUUUAAAAACAAUCAUGCUUCCAUCACUGUAUGAACUAUCCAGGUCCAUCCUUUUGGCUCUUGAGUCAGUUUUCAAGCAUUCCUUCCUCAGCCACAGGGAAAGGACACAUUAACCUGGCUUAAAGAUAUACCCUGCUCAGGGAACAAGUGUCAUUAAAAUCCUUGUUUCAUUGUGACUGGAAUGGGU